AUGAUGAUGGACCAAACCCACGCCGCACUCCACAGCAAAACCGAGGCCUUUACCUUAAGGGCAGGUGUUAACGAGCUCGGCUUUCUCACUACCACUACUACUCGUGAUCAGGAGGUUGACAGCAACCGCAACACCCUCAACAAUGUCAACUCCUCCUUUCACGGGUCGGGUCAUCCCGGGUCGAUGCGUGACCUUGUUCAUGCCGUCUCAACUUUUGGUGUGCAGAGGAAGAAACGGAUGGUGAGGCAGAGGCGAGCCACCACCUUCAACUUUCAGCUCUCUUUUGCCAUCCCCAGCUCCCACGUGCUCCCUUCCGCUUCCCUACCUGCACGUGUAACUGAUCCUGCAAGGUUGAGAUUUCUUUUCCAAAAGGAACUUAGGAACAGUGAUGUGAGCAGUCUCAGAAGGGUGGUACUCCCUAAGAAAGCCGCUGAGGCUCAUCUCCCAGCCCUGGAGUUUAAGGAAGGGAUUCCUAUCAGCAUGGAUGACAUGGAUGGUGUGCAUGUUUGGAGCUUUAAGUACAGAUUUUGGCCUAACAAUAACAGCCGCAUGUAUGUGCUGGAGAACACUGGAGAAUUUGUCAGCACUCAUGGCUUACGUCUUGGAGAUUUCAUCAUGGUCUAUGAGGAUAGUGCAAACCAGAAAUAUGUUAUUCAAGCUAAAAAGGCAAACUCCGACCAAGAAGAUGAUGACGACAACUACGAUGAUACUGUAUAUGGAGUGGAAGAAACUAUGAACAAUGCUGUGAAUGAGCUCAUGCUUUAUGAAUCACUCCCUGAGCAGGCUAACAAGUGUAGCUCGUUUUACAUGCCAACAAUGGAACAUGAUGAUAAGCCAGAUGUUAAUGCAGGCAUGUCUUUUGUGUAUGACACCACUGCCUUCUCAAACGACUCUCUCCUUGAUUUUCUGGGAGGAUCCAUGACCAACUUAUCAAGAUCAAAUGGGCGUCUGCAGGAGAAUUUUGGGUCUGUUGAGAACCUGUCUCUUGAUGAGUUCUAUUAA